GUGAAUACAAUUCAUGUUUGAUUUGAGCCAUAAUUCUACUCGGCAGAUCACGAAAAAUGAAACUUUCUUUACGAAAAUUAAACCCGUUAAAGUAUUAAAACAUUUUAGCAGAGAAUUUAUAUUGUUCGCAAAUUAAUAGUGAAAUAUGAAUUAGAUUUUGUCACACUAAUCAUCAAGUAUGGACAAGGGAAAACUUAACAAAGGAGGUGUUGGGAAUUCUGGAAAGAAGUCGUCGUCGUCCUCACACCUUCAUCCCUCACCCGGUGACCUUAUCGCCCUUGGAGUAAGUAAAGGUGGUAGUGGUGGAGGUGGGAGCAGUGCAUCGAGCCAGGUGCGACCUCCUUCUUCUACGUCCUCCUCCAAGACAUCGUCAUCCCUGUCCACAUCUACAGGUUCUUCUUCAUUAAAACGUGACAAUAGUGGAGGAAGUGUUCCACCGCCUACGAAAAAACUACGAACUUCACCCCCCAAGACCUCAUCGACGUCGUCUUCUUCGUCCACUUCCCAUCAUCACUCGUCUUCAUCUAGCAGCAGUAGUGGCAGUAAAUCUGGAAAGAUUCGAAGGGAUCCGCUUGAACUUACACCGUCUCCUGGCAUAGUUAUUUCCUCUGCAGAUUUGAUAACUGACAAAUUCUUUACAUUGAUUGAUAAGGCAAAUAAAUCCAACAAUACAGAGUUGGCCCAGAAUGUGCUGCUCACUGGAUUAAAAAGGUUGAAAAGUUCGAAUGCAAAGGAGAAAGAGCAAUUGCAGAUUUGUCAAAAUAUAUUGAUGGUUGUGAAGACGUAUCCACACUUUUUUAAAACCAUUCCGAUCCUGGAGUCGCUGGUCUUGCUGAUUCAGCCAAAGGUUAAAGAUGUCACAGGAGUGAAAGCAAAAUUGCUAAUGUCCAGUGGGGGCGGAUAUUCUGCACCCUUUGCAAUUUUUGCGUUGGCCGUCGUGUAUCUAGUUUAUUCACAAGAAUCACAUUGGCCUAUCCCACUAGUUCAACUGUGGAUAGAAGAUGCAUCAGGGGAUCGUUCCUGGGUAGACUCGCCUUUGAUUAAGCCCGUUGUCGACAAUAUUUUCCUCUCUUUUGGUACGUUGGUUCCAUUGACAACAUUGUUUUCGAGUGAAGGAACUGUUGGUGGUGGGAGUGGAAGUGGAGGGGGAUCAUCACCCAAUCCAACGCUAUUAUCAUCUGAUGACGCUUCUGGGAGUGGACACUUGGCAUUCGAACUUGAGCAGCUGAUAAAAGAAAAUCAGGAUCUGGUUGAAAUGAAGGACGUGCCAUUGAGGAAUCGUUAUUCUGGUUUGGAGACCAACAUCGAAGGCCUCAUUUUAGAAUAUGCCGCUGACGUUAUACACAAAAAAUCGCCAGAUAUACCAAGAAAUCUUUUAAGGGCGUUAAGUAGCGCAUGUGGCCUUAACGGAGUUCGUUCGUGGGUCGUAAGCAGGCUUGAGCAGUGGCUUCACAAUGGGAAACUUGGCCGUGUUGCUCAAGAGUUGCUACUUCAUCUCUGUGUCAAUACCAAUUGUAAUACUUCAUCCGAUAUUGAAGUAAUCUCUAAUAUCAGCAAGCUAAAGAUGAAGACAAAACCAUUGACACAUUUUUACUGCUUAGCUUUGAGAGAAAUGGUUCGAGAGAAUGAUAGCAACAUGCGGCAUGUGCUCAAUUUGAUAAUUUACAACGAGCUUUCUCCACAACGCAAUCCUAACAAUCUGCAAAUCCUUGGGACAAUAAUAUCGGGGGUUUCAGACUCAAGAUCUGUUUUGGCUGAUAUUUUUAUGGAUUUACUUCAAAAGAGAGAAGACUUUCACGUUGCUUUGAAGGCACUCUUAAGAGAAAUUUGCCGAGCAGCACGAUUUGAAUGCGACCUCUCCAAAUUCGUUGAAGGACUAGUCAGGCAAAGAGACAUUACGUGGUUGGGAGAUUGUCGCGAAAGGGCAUUUUUUGUUAUUGCGGACCUCAUCUUACUUUCCAUGUUCUUAUCAGUUUCUCCACAAGUAAGAGAAGCUUCUGCAGUUGCUGCUGUUCGUGGGGAACCAAAAGAUAUGUCAACACUGAUUAAUUUUCGAAAUUUGGUUAGUGGAAUUCAAUCUCAAGCAGUUACAUGGAUGUACUCUGUCGUCCCGAAAAUGUAUCGACCGGUUAAGGCCAAUUUUUUAUCAUCACUUAACAAGAUAUUUCUCAAGGACCCAGUAAAUGAUUUGGCUUCUAAGGAUGGAUGGCUUCCAGAGUCGGAAAAAAAUUUAUUCGGUCGCCUAUGUCUGGAAGUUGGUGUUCAAGAGAGCUCCCUAGUUUUUGUCCUAAUGAUGGGAGUAUCCAAGGACCACCCACUUAGUGCUGGCGAAGCAUUGGACACUGUUGAACAAAUAAUUUGUCGUUCGGCUACUCACAAAACUGGACUCAACUUGCAGAAAAUUGAAAUAAUUGAGCUAUUAUUCCGAGGUUGCGAAUAUCGUCAUCCCGAUAAUAUUUCACUUCCUGUUGGGUAUGCAGCACCAAGGAUGGCCGUAACAAAUUUCUACUGGCGAGCAUGGGCCCUCUUAACUAUUAUUUCUGCCUUUAAUCCUAAUGUGUUUGGAAAAACUGGGUGGGAAGAUUAUCCUACUCUGAAAAUGUUUAUGGAAAUGUGUAUGACAAACUCAUUCAUUUUUCCUACGACAUCAUCAUCAGAGACUGAGUCAAGCGAAGAAAUAAUUUCUCGUGAGCUACAAACUGUCGCAAUGGAAAAGGAGGAGAUUUUGGAAUUUGAAACUCAUUUGGCAGCUGCCUCAUCCAAAGCCAAUAUCACAGAGGCUACUUCGUUACUUUUAAAGCAGUUGAUGCGUUUGGAUCCAUUUGGCCCUCCUAGGACUCCACCCGCGUGGAUUUUAACUCAAUUACAGACCUGGAAUGAACAAAUGAGUCUGGGUCACCUUUUAUGUGGAAGUCGUAAUCCCGACUUUCUUUUGGACAUUAUUCAACGCAAUUCUGAACCCAUGCCAUGGUUGGCUCAUCUUGUUUCGGAGGGGUCUUUUGAAAUACUGCCAGACCAGUGUCUCUGUGAAUUUCUAAUGGGACAUUUGGACGCCGUGGAAAAGGCGGUGGUACUUGGAAGGAAUGACGAUGCUGCAGCAGGUCGUAGUCCCCGUAAAGUACACAAAGGACAAAAUCUAGCAGCCGAGCUUGGGUUAAGCAAGGAGGAUGCAAAAUUGUUACAAUUGUUGCAUUACUUGCAGGAAAAAGCUCAUAGUGCGUCAGAGGAUGGUGAAGCAAGAAAAGUGUUAGAAUAUUUUCUAAAGAGACUUUCGGCACCAAAAAUGCAGCAGAGGAAGCAAGCACUGAAUGCAUUAAAACUUUUACUGAUUAAAGAUGAUGAAAUCUUAACAUCGUCCUCAGACGACUGGCUGCUGGACGGACUUCCAUCACUUCCAGCCUUUACGGAAAUUCAGGAGAAUGUAUUAGUUCUUUUGAGACAGGCAAUUUUAAUUGAAAAUGACCCAGCGUUAUUGUGCCGCUAUUUGGAUUUUUUGUCAACUUGGGCUCAGGUAUCCGAAGAUUUGGAUUCCCUUGCUUUAGAUGUUGCGAACCUUGUUGUGGAGAGAAAUGGACUGGUCUGCUUGAUGAUGAACAAGUUUGCUUCCUGCUUUGACCCUCUUUUUGAUAUUUUUUUCACUUUUAUGAAAAAGAUUCGUGGACCACACAAAGAAUCCUACAAGUGGUCAGACUCACAAGAUCAAGUGUUGGUGACUUGGUCGGUGGAUCGCUUGGAAGGAACAAUGAAUAUUUUAAUCAUUCAUGCAAUCGUAAUCCUCCUGUCCUCCUACUGUGCCUAUACUCAAGAACAUGGCAAAACUUCCGUGCAGACAACUACCAAGAAACCUAAGAGCAAUAAGGAUAUAAAAAUAAGAUGCUCCGAAUUGCUGGAGAUUUGGUUUCCACAAAAUAAGGAAAAUAGUCCCAAAGGUUUCUUGCUAAAUACAUCUGAAGAAGCUGUUUUAUUCCCUGAUUGGGUUAAGCUGAAAAUGAUUCGAUCCAAUAAUCCAAGACUUUUAGAAGUUGCUACGCAUGAUCUAGAAGUGGAACAGUUGAUGCUAUUCAUUCAGCAUUUUGGUGUUCCAAUACAAUCCAUGACGGCACUACUCUACAUUAUGGAUACCGUUACAGAAAGAGAGCCAGAGAAAAUGGUAGAAUGUGUGAGUAUGGUAAAUGCAUCGUUCCUCUAUAAACUGGUACAAGCUCAGUGGGAACGUGGUGCCGUGGGUGGAGAAAAGUUUUUCCGCAUUUUGAAAACUCACUGUGGCGUUUCUGAGCCAAUGGACUCAGAUUAUCUCGAACCACCAACGACAACGUCGCCCACCCGACCUGCGUUACAUGUUGGUUCAGUAAAAGAAUCGAGUGCGAGGAAACAAGUCGUAACAAAAUCAACUACAGCCGCACAUACUCGAAUUCAUACUGGCACAAGGACUUCACUUAGUGUUGGAUUGCCCGCAUUCUCACCAACGCCAUCCAACAAACGGAAGAGCAUUGAAAAUUUAUCUAAAGAAUUACUCCUUUUGUCGUCUCCACCAUCUAAUCGAAGACGAUCGUCUGUUCCUGCUUCAAAGGGAGUAGAUGACUCGCAGGGGGGACAAACGCUCCGACGACAUUCUGCUCAUUUGGAAAAGAAGGGGACAAUCGGAUUCGGAGAAGGAGAUACAAAGUCGGAAAAAAGUCCUUCAAAAUAUUUGGGACAAUUAGUAGAUGAAAUCACUCAGGUGGAGCCAUGCAUUAUUCGUAAUGCUUUAGAAUAUCAGCUACCUUUGCUGUUUGGAAAGAGUGAGAAUAACCCCGGAUGUCGUUCCUUCCUCAUGACAGCCUUAGCUCAUCAGGCCGGAUGGGAAACGAUUAAUCGUUGCCUUACAUUGUUCCUUAAAGAAUUUGAUGCUGCAUAUGACCCGUCGGCUAUAUUAGAUCUGAUUCAAGCGACCAAUUCUAAUCCAAAGUUGUUUCAAGGGGUUGAUAAAUAUGUGCCAAAACACCAGCCCAAUACAUCUGUAAUGCACUUAACAUCUGCACAGCUGAGGGUAAUGGCUGAUUACAUCAUUCAAGAGAUUAAAUAUGAACAUAUGGAGGUAAAAGGUACAAAAUUCUCAAUCUCGAAUCUCCUUGGGCCUGUUCAAUCUACAUCUGCUGCAACUCCAAAAAAGUCCAAGCAAGGACUCCAGUUCAGAAUUCGGUUAUGGUUGCAAUGUGCUCAACAAGAUAAAGAUUUGGUUGAUUCGGUCAUUAGUAGUUUAAUGGACAAAAACUGGAGAAAUCCUUGCGUGAAACGUUUUGUACAUCAAGUUUAUGUCGACUUUCCUGAAGUGAUUUUGAUUGACAAUUGGCGUUGGAAGCCAGAAGAGAUGAGCAUGAGUGAGGAUGACUUAUCCUCUUUAUUGGACAACAUUUCACAUGGACUAAUCACUGCUUUAGCCAACACUCUACCGGGUAAAGACUGGGCCAAGAAACAGGCACGAGACUAUGAAAUUUGUUUAAGAAAAUUAGCCUCCUUACAUCCUACGUUGCUUCUCAGACAAAUCAGCCUAAUGGGAUCCAUUUUAGAAGGAAGAAUUCACCUGGACUCAUCUGCUUUCCACCAACAAAACCACAAUUUACCUUUUAUCGUAUUUCUUUCUUUGUUUGACUUGAUGCAACCUCACAUCCUUAGACAUUUCAAACAAUUAAAGGCCACGUUUCUUUUAUACUUCAAAAUGUUUAAGAAUUAUGGAUUUACUAAAGAUUACAGCUCAAGCUUGAGCAGAUUCUCAAUUCUGUUGCACAACUUUUUAUCUCUUAAUUCUCCAGAAGUUAAAGAGUUUUUGACCCCACAUCACGAGACACUAAGGGAGCUUGCGACUUUAAAAUACUAUUCAGAAGUUGUCCCACUUCAUAAUUUGAUUAGCUGUUUGGACCUCAGCGGCUCAGGAUCUCAAUCAUCGUCUAGCAGCACUCCCCCACCAGGCACUAACACAUCUCCUGUUGUCACUCCUAGUGGGGACUACCUUGCUCCCAUCCUCACGUCCAUGCACGAUCGGCUUCUACAUGCUUCGAAUGAUGAGGAAACAAUUCCAGUCCUACAGGAAUUAGACGUUUGUUCUAACCGAAAUCCUAGCAUUCUGAACAAGUUUUCUGAAAAUUUGAAUCUGCUUUUGAAGUCCGAGUCUGAAAGUUGUCGAACGUUAGCAUUCUCACUGGUGCUCAAACAUUCCACGUAUUUCCCAGGCAAAAGCGCAACAUACUUGGAUUCAAUUUUACAAUUGUUGGAGGAUGAAAAUGCACAUUUACGAGAUACGAUGAUGGAUCGUGUUCAUGAGUUUGUUAUUCUCGCUCAAGAACGCGGAGAUGAUAUCCUGAACAGAAUGUUCCAAUUAGGGAUCUCUUCCAAUGUCAACUUCCUUGGUCCCAUACAGAAAUCCAUGGCUCUACUCAGAAAUUACUCGACGCUUACGUUCACUUAGUUUGUCGAUUAUAAGUUUCUGUAUUCUUCAAAAAAUCUAACAAUUAAAUAAAUGCAAAAUAGGAAUUCUAAUUCCUUAAAUAAUCCAAUUAA